GACGAUCUUUGUCCUCGUGCAUCUGUAAGCGCGUCCGUGUGAGAAUCUUCUCCCGGAGAUUUGAGCCGUUUUUCCGCUGCUCCUUCUCUCACCUGCCGCCGCGGCUCCGUUUCGGUCCCGGGUCUCCGCAAGUCCGGAUCCAGUGACCCGGGUUUUUGGAGCGUCUUCCUCCCGCAGUGAAGCAUGAUGGGAGGAGACAGAUGGACGAGGCGGUCGUGGGCCGACAAGUGACACACACACACACACACACACACACACACACACACACAAUGGACCAAGGCUUCAGUUUAAAUUCACUGAAGAAGUUGGCGGCAGAACCAGAAUACACCGAUGUGUCGCUGACGGCGGCAGAGCGCGUUCGUGCGCUGGGGAAGAUGGGAAGCAGCGUGGAGAUCAACGAGGACAUCGAGCCGCGGCGCUACAUCCGCUCCGGUGUGGAGAUGGAGCGCAUGGCGGCGGUUUACCUGGAGGAGGGCAGUCUGGAGAACGCCUACGUCCUCUACAACAAGUUCAUCACUCUGUUUGUAGAGAAACUGCCGAGUCACAAGGAUUAUCAGCUGUGCAGCGUCCCCGAGAAGCAGCUCAUCAUGAAGGUAUGAUCCUGAUCAAGUUCAAGACUCUGCUGGAGAGU